AUGUCGCGCGACGUCACGGGAAACAGCUUCGCGUCGUUCGGCUCCGACUUUGACCCCGAACACGAAGCCCUCGCGUCGACAAGAGAAGUCGAGGACAGCCCCAAACUUCCAGCCAUGAAGAGCAACGCUAGAAAACAGAACCAUAACUCCGAUCAAGAUGAGCCCGACUACGCCAUCAAUUCCUCCAUGCUCGAACGCUACUUUCCCGAAUUCUCCCAGAUCGGCACCUCCGAGGAAGAGGGUGACCAUGGCGAUGACGAGUUUUCCAUUGAAUUAGGACGGGGUCCCACGAAGCCGACGCGUCGUCUGGAUGACUCGCGCAAUUCCUACAUCAGCAUUGAAAACAGCGUUCGCUCCUCCUCUCCUGCCGUGCGUCUCGACUACCCGACCUCGAACACCCCCCCGAAAUCCGCAAUGCGCAACACGUCACGACGCGCCGUGAGCGAGAAUCUCCGCAAAGACGCCCAGUUGAGACAAGCCAGCCUUGCUCACAAAGAGAACAUUGAUCCCCAGUCCAAAUCCAACCGCAGGGACCAGCGGAGGACACUCUCCGAGAUGCAUGCCAAGGUCCGCGACUCAUACGAUGGCUCUUUUCUCGGCGAUGAGCGUCCUGCUGCGGUUGCCAGCAAUACGCGUGCUACGCGCUUUGGUAACGCGAACUUGCAUCAUCAGGUAGUCGAUGCAGUGGAGAGGGCGUCACAGGAGGCGUAUGCCCGAGAAAUGCGGAGAGGAAAGAACUCCCGUAAUGUCAGCGCUGCGGGCGACACUGGUACGCAGCAGUCAUUCCUCCUUCCGGAUCUGCCCAACCUGUCGGAGUUGGUGUCAGGUGUCUAUGAGGACGGUACACCUGUCUUCUCGCGCCAAAACAGGGCGCGCACCACGCGAUUUGUAUCUCCCCCGCAUGAUAUCCCCGAGGUGUCUUUGACCCGUGAACACAUGCCCCUGGAUGCGGUGCCAAUCCCGGAGGAUGAGAAGGCUCUCUUCGUGUCCUUGCGGCUGCUUCAGGACAAGGUCUCCGAGCUGGAGAGGGCAAAGGCCGAUGCAGAAAGGAGGAUUGAGGAAGUGAAGCAUGAGAAUGCUGCUCUCAAGACCGGAAAGACCCGUAAGGAUAAGCAGAGUCGCACCAAGUAUGAUACGGAACGAGAAGGCUAUCGGAGAGACAGCGUUUUGGAAAACCAAAAACUGGAAGAAGAGAACCUCGCUCUGCAGAACAAGCUCGACAUCAUGGAGCGCAAGGCCCAGAUUCACGAGGCAGCAUUGAAGAAGCUGAACCGCGAGCGUGACAUGGCCGUUUCUCAGCUGGGCGUUGCCUAUCUUGAAUCGCAAGACCUCAAGGCUGAGAACGAGGAUCUUCGAGCAGAGAUCGCGGAGCUGAAGGCUCAGUUGACGAAACUCGCUUCGUUUGCGUCCAAGACUCGUGAAGAGACCUUGGAAUCGGAACAAACAUCUGCAACCGAGGAGGGCACCGAUGAUAGCCAGACCAACACUCGGCAGAGCGCGACUGUGAGCCGUGGAACUAAAGAACUCAGUAAGAAGAGUUCGCGUUCGCGUUCCAAGUCGGGCCGCCGGGAGGAGUCUCGCGCCAUGGUGUCUAAUCAAGUCGAUCGCGAGAUCUCUAGACUGGAGAAGGAGCGAGCAGAUGAGGAGUUGUUUUCAAUUGAUUUGCCGCGCUCGAAGGGCCCUGCGGUGUCACGGUCGGAGAAGUAUGAGUCUCGGCCGCACUCCAAAAAGUCAAACACUGGCAAGCAACGUGUCAAGAGGGUCGUUGUGGAGGAAAUCGAUGUUACUGAGCCCGUGGAAUCUACUGCUGAAGCUACUGGAAACACGAGGAAGUCUUCUGGAACGGAUAAAGACGUGACCUUCCUGAGCUUUGUCGAUGAACGUGAGAUUGCCCAGCUUCGGAAGACAUUGGAGGAGGAGCGGUUGGCUCGGAAGCGACGUGUUUCCAACACUGCUAAAGAAUACACCGCCAACGAGACCGAGAACUCCACUCGCAGAAGCACGACUAAGACCACUCUUCCUCGGAAAUCCUCUUUGAAGGAGACCAAGGAGAUCCCCAGUCGACCUGCCUCUGCGAUAGGUGACGUGACGGCUACCUCCAAAGUCAGUGCCGCGGAGAAUGAGGACAGCUUGUCCGUCCCGAUUGUCCGUCAAAGGCGCCAUUCGGAUCAUGCUGCGACGCCUCGGCGGCGGCGCCAUGCCGUGGAGGACAUGACGUCCGCAUUUAUUCUACCUGACAUCACCCUUCACCAUGCAGACGCCAUCGCCGAGAACCCUAGCCGGCUGCCAGAAUCGGCGCAGCGCGCCCUCGACAGUGCUACUCAGCAUAAUGGUAAAAACUGUACGGUGUGCAAGCGUUCGGUCCCUGGUGCUACUUGUGACCACACCGGGCAAAGCGUCAAGAUCCCGAAGCCCGUUCCGGUCUCGGAACGUAUGCCGGAGCCUUCCCCCUACAAUGAAGAUCCUACGCUGCGUCCUGCACAGCCUCCAGCAGUAGCACUUGCCACUGUGCUCAAGGCUUUGGAGGAUGAACUGUCACACUUAAAGAUGCAGCUUGUGACCUACCAAGGGGCAUACAAUAAGUUGGAUGCAUCGUUGAGCAAGAGACAGAGGAAGUCUCUUGGCACUAAGAUCGAAAAGAUCCUGAAAGACAUCGACAUGAAAGCGGACCAAAUCUAUGCAUUGUAUGAUGUACUCGAAGGCCAGAAGCAGACCGGCCAUGAGAUGUCAGAGCAGGAAAUGGAGAUGACAUUGCAGUCGAUUGGGAUCGAUGCUGGAGCCAACCGAACCACCGACGUGACCACCACGACGGACAAGUCCGCGCAGAAGAACGUGGGAGCAGAAUAUGAUGAAGACGACGAGGAGCUUCCGUGGGAGGGCAUCGAAAGCACAAUGGACAUGACCGGCCGGUCUGGCGGCAACCAAGUUCGGACUUAUUUCCCCACGCUCUCUGCUUCUCCUCUUUUCGAAGCGAACUUCGCCACCGUCAUUCUCGAUCUUACUUUCUCCCCACAAUCUAAUAUACUACCGCAUCGUAUGCAACAUGUCGACCCGGUCUCGGCUGAGGUAAAUCGUCCCGCGGACGGAACGUCCCGAGAUCGCAACCAGCACGAUAGCAAUGAUAGCGACAGCGUCCAUACCGUCAUCUACGAAGGAGAAUCUGAUCACAGGCGAUCCUUAGCGCCCGCGCCAGCCAUCACUGCCAAUCAGCGACCGCUGUCUAUCAAUACUCCGAGCGACAGCGACGACGAUGAGAUCAGCGACGACGAAGGCGCGCCCGAGUCCGCCAGCGAAAAGCCCGUAACAUGGGCGUCUUUACCAAAGAAAGGUCAACUGGCCAUCCUGACGUUUGCGCGCUUGUCCGAGCCGCUCACCCAGACCUCUCUGCAGGCGUACAUGUUCUACCAGCUCCGGUCGUUCAACCCUUCUCUGCCUGACUCGACGAUCUCCGCGCAAGCGGGUAUCCUCCAGGGAUGUUUUACGGCCGCACAGUUCCUCACGGCGGUCUGGUGGGGUCGACUCGCGGAUGCGGAGUGGAUGGGUCGGAAACGGGUGUUGAUGAUCGGUCUGUUGGGCACGUGUCUCUCGUGUUUGGGCUUUGGGUUCUCCCGGUCGUUUGCUGCUGCGGUCGUGUUUAGGACCUUUGGAGGGGUGGUGAAUAGUAAUGUUGGCGUGAUGAGGACGAUGAUCGCAGAGAUCAUUCAGGAGAAAAAGUAUCAAUCGCGGGCGUUCUUGCUCUUGCCCAUGUGCUUCAACAUCGGUGUGAUCAUCGGACCAGUGCUGGGUGGAAUGCUGGCUGAUCCGGUCAAGAACUACCCGCACCUUUUUGGCCCUGGGUCCGUGUUUGGAGGCGCGGAUGGUGUGGGCUGGAUGCAGCAUUGGCCGUUCGCACUGCCGAAUCUCCUCAGUGCUAUGUUCAUCUUCAUGUCGCUGGUGGCGGUCUUUCUCGGGCUGGAGGAGACGCAUGAGGUCGCGCGAUAUCGACAUGACUGGGGUCGCAAGCUGGGCCGCGCACUGGCCAAAAAUCUCUCGCGACGACGCGUACCCCGGUACUACCGGCCGCUGAUCAGCGAUGCGGACGACGAGUCUGUGUAUAUCGACAGCAGCGUCGCGAGUCGGUCUCUGCCGCCUUCCCCGGCCCGCGCGCGCGCUCGGCCCCGUCACAGGCGUCCUUCCUUCCGGCAAGUAUGGACGCCCAACGUUCUUCUGACUCUAUUAGCGCACUUCCUCCUGGCGUUCCACAUGAGCGCCUUCAACGCCAUGACUUUCGUCUUCCUCUCCGCUCCGCGAGCCCCGGAAGGCAGUCACCACGGCAUCCAUUUCGGCGGCGGCCUCGGCCUGCCUUCGUCUCGUGUGGGACUAGCCACCGCGAUCAUCGGGGUCAUCGGUCUUCCGUUGCAGAUCUUGGUGUAUCCACAGGUGCAGUCUCGGCUGGGAACGCUCACGUCGUUCCGGGCUUUCUUGCCCUUCUCGCCUCUGGCGUAUGCGCUGAUGCCGUUCCUGGUGGUGAUUCCGCGGUACCCGUGGCUUGUGUGGCCUGCGUUCACCGUCGUCGUCGGCCUCCAGGUCAUCUCGCGGACGUUCUCCCUGCCUGCGGCGAUCAUCCUGGUCAAUAAUAGCGUUACUAAUGCGUCAGUGCUGGGAACCGUUCACGGGGUGGCGCAGAGUAUAUCGAGUGCGGCGCGCACGCUUGGCCCGUUCGUCGGCGGCUGGGGAUUGGGAUUGGGGUUCAAGGAGAACCUCGUCGGCGGUAUAUGGUGGUUCCUGGCGGUAGAGGCGUUGGUGGGCUGGCUUCUUCUGUGGAAGAUCUACGAGGGUAGGGGGAUUGAGAAGCCUUCAGAGCCGGAGGAAGAAGAUUGA